ACGACGCCUCUCCUUCUGCACCCACGGUGGCUGGCUCUCUGGACGUUACCUAGGCUCCCAGCUUCGACAUGCUAGAGCUGGCAUAGAAUGAAUCCUUUGCUUCGCAACUCUCUCAUUGGGAUUACACGCCCCGUGCUGCAUGUAAACCUGGCACCCGUGGCGUCCUCGAGCAGGCGCGCACUCCACGUUACCUACUUGCGAUGCAAGUCCAUCGAUGAGAACAAUAGAGAGAGGGUCGACGGCCCCCCGGACGGGAAAAUCGCUACAUCACUCUCCAGUCCUCCCAACACGAGACCUUCCGCAGGUGGAAAUUCCAGAGAUACGCCAUCCGCCACUAUCUCGACAGAUACAGAUUCCAAGAAAUCACCACCUCGUCCUCGACCGGCACGAUCAGCACCUCUCCGCAAGCGCACGAUAUGCCUCAGCAACGUCCUCGAUGGUACCUCCAUCUCUAAACUGAAGGAAUUCCUGUCAGACGAAUUUGGCCACGCAACUUGGGUGACACUGGGCCCUUACGCCCCAGGCAAGCGCGCUUCCAACUCAAGUGACCGCCCGAGGCGCAGGCAUGCGUACGUUCUGUUCGCGCACGCUAGCUCCGUCGACAAGGUCCGCGCGCGACUUGGCAGCCUCAUCGACUUCGACGGUACCGCAUUGUUUCCCGAGCUGAUACCUCCGGUGGCGGUCGGCGGACCCACGAAUAAGGCCCUGCACGAGAGACUUUACCCUCGAAAGGACCCGUUACACCCAGCGGGGGUCCGGCCCAAGGACACGCUCUUCGUCAGACGGCUGGAGAACGUGGAUUCCCAGGAGCUAAGGAAGCACAUCGAAGCCUCAUGUCGCGACCUGGUGUCCCUCACACGUCUGGGAUCCUGCUUCGAGCUCCAGUUUAUCGAUGUGAGGGCAGCAUCGAGAGCGCGUACGAAGCUGAAGGAUUACUUCCGACGCUCGGACUCUACCGCUUGGGUCGACUUCAAGACGGACGAGGGUGACCUGCCUGUGGUUCUCAGAGCCCAAGUACGGGACCGCGCAGAGCAGCUUCGUCGUCUGCAGCGCGCGCUGUCGGAUCCGGCGCGGGAUGACAAAGAGGACGUGCAGGCGGCCAUGGAAGUCGCCCGGCAGAAGCUGGAGGAGGCGAAAGAGAAGUUGGCGCGUAUGGAGGAACCCGCUGCGAAGUCAGAGUAGAAUUCGCUUUGUAGGUAUCCAAAGUCGACCACAGUACCUUUUGACUGAUCAGUACGCCCUAGAGUGUAACUGACCAUGUAUGGCCCAUUCAGCCUGCACGGCGGACUCGUAACCUGCGUUAUGUGCGGAAAUCAAGACUUGAGUUUCAGCUGGCACCGAAAACAUACGCAAUCAACGCGGUCAUGCAUAAGUCAUGUUGAAGUCAUGUGCGAUGAUUAUCCCCGCCUCGUCGAUGUCAUAAAUGAUGAUACGCG